AUGGAUACGACCCGUCCAAGCAAUAUUGUCAUCGUGGGUGCGGGAAUUGCCGGAAUCGCAUGCGCCCUCUCGUUGUCUAAAGAGCUCACGCCGUUUGUCCCGGACUUGAAGAUCACCGUUUACGAACGCCAUGACAUAUUGUCCACGUCUGGCGGCGCCAUCAAUCUCACGCCCGUCGCCCAGCGGCAUCUCGCACAAUUAGGGGUAUUGGAUGAGCUGAAUCGGAUGGGCCCCGAGGGGGGAGCCGAUGUGGAUGCCAUAGAACUCUUCUCAAUGCGCUCAGGCCGUCCGAUUGGCUCCAUCAACUUCACCGACCACAAUGGAAACGGCUUCGGUGGAUAUAAAGGCCGACGAGUGAUGCGAAUCAUUUUAUCGGUGGCCAUGUUGACCGUGGUCGAGCGGACCAAGAAUGUCGAAAUCGUGUUUGGAAAAAAGGUCGUGGGGGGCGAGGAAUUCGACGACAGGACCGUAUUGCGCUUCCAGGAUGGCACCGAAGCUUCCGGAGAUUUGGUGAUCGGCUGUGACGGCGUCCAUUCGGCGGUCCGAACCCAGUUUGUCGAUGUGGGUCGGCCUGCCGAGUACACGGGACUGUCCUUCAUGCAGGCCACCAUCGAUACCAGCUCACUUUCCAGCCCUCUCCAUUUCAAAUCGUCGUCAUUGAAUAUCUCGCGACAUGGUUCAAUGCUUGCCAGCUAUUGCGAUCGCGAUGGUGAUCAAAUAUUCGCCGCUGCGAUCGUUCAAUUCAGCCAAGAAGGGCUGAGCCGCCACCGUCUGGAACCAGGUCAGGAUUGGGCCACUCAACAUCGAAUUCGUUGCGCCCUGCGUGAAGAGAUCAGAGAUCGCUUCGGCAAGUGUGCAAUUCCUUGCAUUCGAGAGAUGAUCAACAGUAAAGCGGACUGGAUGUUGUACCCCGUAUACCAAGUCCGCCCCGGUGGCCGCUGGUGUCUGAACCGAACGAUCUUGCUGGGUGAUGCAGCGCAUGCCAUGCCACCACGCGACGAGUCUGCCGCGUAUGCCUUGGACGACGCGAUCCUCUUCUCGCGCAUCUUGGCGCGCUACCGCUCAGAACCCCUCGCCGAGGUCUUUGACGCAUACGAGAGCCUUCGACGUGACACAAUUAAUCGCGCAUUCAAAGAGUCCCGUCGCAUGUGGGAAAGAAACCGAGAGAUGGGGUUGUUUGAAGGAAGACUGAAGGAAUGGAUGAUGGCUUUCCACAUCAAAACUCAUGAGAGCGAGCGGGAAGCUGCAUGGGAAUUCGACGCGACAAAAAUGGCUCUCCCCACACCGGCCCCGAGUGAAGACUUGGUCUCUUUGAAUUCGUUCCUGAGAGAUCGUACACUUUGA